AUGGCUGCUGCCAUGAUCGCCGUCGGCGUAGCGCUGCUGCUCGUGGUGGUUGCCGUCGCAUGGGCCUGCGCGCCGUCGAAGCUCAAGCGGCGCGCGCGGGCCCUCCUCGCGUCGCCGCCGUCGCCGCCGCGGCCGCCGCUGCGGCGCCACGCGUCGAGCUCCUACCUCGACAAGGACAGCGCGCGGGGGUCGCUCUGGGACGUGGGGUCGCGGGGCUUCCUGCCCGCGCGGGCGCCGCGCGCCGUCCCGAGGUCCGCGAGCCUCGUGCCGCUCCACGAGCUGAGCCUGCAGAUCCCGUGCGCGUGCGUCGAGGGCAGCAUGCGUCCGCUCGUCGCGACCUACGGCGACGAUUUGUGGGUCGCGGCGGCGUGGCUCAAGGACAUGCCCUACGACGAGGACGAGCUCGAGUGCGCCCACGCGCUCUAUAGCUACGUCUGCUGCGCGUUCUGUCGCGUCGACGCCGUCGCGAGCCACGGCGGAUCGGACGGGCCCGGCCCCGUCGCGUCGACGCCGGGCGUGCCCGUCGUGCCGGCCAUGCUCGCGCGGGGCUUCUGCGAGUGCGCGCGGCGCCUGGGGCGGCGGCCCAUGCUCGACUACUGCGGCUGCGUGCUCUACAACUGGGAGCUCGUCGACGCGUCGGGGCCCAUCUCGACGGAGAACGCGCGCAUGCUGCGGCGCUUCACGGGCCUCGUCGACGAGGAGUGGUUCUUCAAGACCCACCUGGUCAUCGAGGCCGCGGCGGGGCCCGCCGUGCGCGCCGUCGCGAGCGGGCGCCGCGCGUGCGCGGGCGCGGUGACGCGGAGCUCCGUCGCGCGGCUGACGGAGGCGCUCGUGCGCGUCGAGGCCUGCUUCGGCCACGUCGUCCGCGACUGCCUGCCGCUCAUGUUCGAGCGCCUGGGCACGCACGGCGCGCUCUGCGACUACUACUUCUUCUACGAGCGGCUGAGGCCGUUCAUCUCGGGCUUCGACGCCGUCGUCUUCGACGGCGAGUUCUCCAACGAGGCCGUGACGCUGCCGGGCCCUUCCGGCGCCAUGUCGACGCUGCUGCCCGUGCUCGACGCGUUCCUGGGCGUGUCGAACUCGAACGCGACGCUGCAGAAGCUGCUGGACGACUUCGCGCGGUCGAUGCCCGAGGCGCACCGCCGGUUCCUCCGGAGCGUCCAGUCGGACCGCACGGCCCGCACCUUCGUGCUCGAGGCCCGCGACGGCGACACGCGCACGGGCGACCCCGCCGACGACGCGUCGGAGGGCGCGAAGCGCGAGCUCGUCGCGCGCUACAACCGGUGCGUCGACCUCGUGCUCGACUUCCGGUGGCGCCACCUCCAGAUGGUCAAGAAGUACGUGCUCGAGCCGUCGGGCAACCACAACGCCGCGGGCACGGGCGGCACGUCGGCCUUCGAAUACCUCCACGAGCACAUCCACGACACGGAGGCGGCCAAGGUCGGCGGGUCGGAGUCGGCCGCGCCCGCGCGGCGGUCCCUGCUCUCGACGGGCUGCCCCUUCCUCGCGCGGGGCGGCGGGGCCGCCCGGGGCCCCUGCCCCUUCGCGGGCGCGGCCGCGCCGACGGACGAGUCCGCGGCGCUCUGGGCCGUCGACGGCGACCACGGGUUUCUGCCCCGGAGCCCGCCCGCGGACUGGCGGACGUCGCGCGAGCCCCUGUUCCUCUGCGUGAGCCGCCUCGCCAAGGCCGUGCCCUUCGCCUGCGCGACGCGGGGCACGUUCCGGUCGCUCGUCGACGCGGACGCGCCCAAGUUCGCGGCCAUCGACCGGAACUACGUCGCGGGCCUCCGCCUCGUCGACGCGGAGCGGCUGCGGUCGCUGCUGGCCUUCGUGGCCGCGGCCUACGCGCGCUGCGACGGCGCGGCGGCGUCGCCGCGGCCGGGCACGCUCGGCGACCGGCGCCUGCCCGCGGACGUCUACGCGGCGCUCGGCCACGUGUCCGAGCGGCUCGGCCGGCCCCGGAAGAAGAUGUGCUACGCGGACUGCGUGCUCUACAACUGGACCGACGAGUCGGCCGCGGGCCACUGGGCCGAGGGCACGCGGGGCGGCGCACCGUCCCUCGUCGCGCGGUUUUUGGCCGUGUCCGAGGAGGACGCGUUCUGGAAAUUGCUCCUCAGCGUCGAGCGCACGUCGCCGAGGAUCGUCGCCGCCAUCCUGCGGGGCCGCGAGGCCAUGCGGUUGCGGGCCGCCGACGGCCUCGGGGCGGCGCUGGGCGACCUGCGGGCGGCUUUACGCGCCGCGUCGGAGGCGCACGUCUUCCGGCCGGGCCCCGCGGGCCGCGGCGAGCGCGUCGUCAUGCGGCGCCUGCGCCACUUCCUCUUCCCCGCCGGCGGCACGGACGCGGACCUCGCGGCCUUUCUCUACACGGGCGACUCGGCGCUGCUGCCGGCCUGCUGGAAGUUUUUAGGCGCGCCGCGCGCGCCGCCGGGCUCGGACCUCCAGGCGACGCGCGACGCCGCGCGGCGCACCAUGCCGGGCCCGCACCGCGACUUUCUCGACGCUUUGGACGCGAAGACGUCGGCGCGGUCCUUCGUGCUCGGGCUCACGUCCGAGGACCGCCGCGCGCCCGUGCACACGCUCGCGGUCGUCGAGGCCGAGUACAACGGCUGCCUCGACGAGCUCGGCCGCUACUGCUCGCGCCGAUCCCAGCUCGUCUGCCGCUACCUGCCCAACUACGCCGCGGACUUUCGGAAGCACGAGUUCGACCACGACCGCCGCGCGCUCAUCUCCGGGCGCCUCAACGUCGUCCUCCGCCACCGGCUCGCGCAGGGCUCGGGCGACGAGCUCGACGAGGAGGCCGCGGCGCUCGACGCCGCCGUGGAGAAGGCCGCGGCCGUGCAGAAGGGCCGGAGCCGCGCGGACAGCUGCGCGUCCGACGAGUCGAGCGUCGUCACCGCGAGCCCCCGCGCGGAAUACCGCGGGCUGCCCAAGUGA